AUGACCCAGGAGCAGUAUAUCCUUGCAGCACAGCCCAACCCCCUCCACCAGAGAGGGGCUUCAGUUUGUGGUGCGCAGGUUUAUCCAGCAGUGGGAAUCUAUGGCUGGAGAAAGAGAUGCUUGUACUUUUUCAUCCUCCUCCUCCUCGUCACCAUGAUUGUCAACCUGGCACUGACCAUCUGGAUUCUCAAAGUCAUGAACUUCACUCCGGAUGGUAUGGGGAAUCUCCGGGUGACCAAAGAAGGAGUGAGACUUGAAGGAGUGUCAGAAUUCUUAUUGCCUUUAUAUGUGAAAGAGAUCCAGUCUCGUAGGGACAGUCCACUGAUCCUCCAGUCAGACAGAAAUGUGACUGUCAAUGCUCGGAAUGAACAGGGACAACUGACUGGUCAGCUAACUGUGGGUUCAGAAAUGGUGGAGGCUCAGUGUCAGAGGUUUGAGGUGAGGAAUGCUGAUGGAGAGAGAGUUCUGUUCUCUGCAGAUGAAGAAGAGAUCACCAUCGGUACUGAGAAACUCAAAGUCACAGGAAAUGAAGGAGUAGUGUUCAGUCAUUCUGUAGAGACGUCACAUGUAAGAGCAGAACCUUCCCAGGACCUAAAGUUGGAAUCCCCAACUCGGACCCUAACUCUAGAGGCCCCCAGAGGUGUGGAGGUCAGUGCUGGAGUGGGAGAUUUUACGGCAUCUUGUAGAAAAGACCUCCUCUUGCAGUCCUCAGAAGGAGAGAUCUUUCUAGAUGCCAACACUAUCAGACUGGGCAACAUUCCCCUCGGUAGUGCUGUGGAUCCCCUGGAGGGAGCGCCUGCAGGUACCACCUACACCAAACAGACUGUGUACGAGCUUUGUGCCUGUGCUAACGGCAAGCUCUACCUGUCCCCUGCUGAGAAAGGCUCUACUUGCCAAACCACCAGUAACUUUUGUCUCUGGAGCUGAAAGCGGGAGGUCGAAAUACACACGGGACAUAUGGACGAUUGAGUUUGAAGCUAAUAUAGCCAACAGACUGAAUCACCAUGGAUUUAUGGCUUGAUGGGAAGCUUUUGCCAGCUAACAGACUGAAUCAGCAUGAACUGUAACAAGGCGACAAUUUCAUGUCUGUUCACCAAUCAAAUAAUAUGGAUUACAGCUUGGCAGGAAGCUAAUGGUUGCUAACAGGCCAAAUCAACAUAGACUGUAGCUCGGUGUUAAGCUAAUGCCAACUAAAGGACUAAAUCAACAGAGACUAGAGCUUGAGCAAAGCUAAUACCAGCUCACUGGUUGAAUUAAUGUGUUGGUGGGUAGCCAAUGCCAGUCCAGAGCAUGGAUAACUUUGUGGGACACAAAAGCCAACAAGAUCAGCUGAUGGGUUUCAUGCUUAGACCACUCUUGGACAUAUGUGAGCAGUCUCAUUCUGGGGCUGUUGUUGAGUGUCUUUCCCAUUGUUUAAUUGCUGCCAUGAUGAUUGCUGAAGGUCGCAAAGACUUUGGUUUUUUUUUUUUAUGAACAGCAACCUUUGUGUGUUCAGAAAAUAGCCAACAUGUCCUGACAAAACAUACACUUGUUGCUAUAAUAUGAUGAAGGAACACAUACUUGGCAGUGACAUGGACAUGAAAACUUGGUUAUCAGUUGGCUAACAGACAUCAAUGAUGACAUUUGUUUACCCCAGUGGGUAGCUAACAAGAAAAUCAAAAUAUAGUUUUGUCUCUAGGGAAGCUAAGGCUAGCUAACGGACCAAUCUAUACCAGAAAGGCCUUCUCCCUCUAUUUCCUCUCCAGCCCUUCAACUCAAACAUUGACAUGUGACUCUUCUGCAUUAAUCCGCACCUGAUAGUAAAAAUGUUCUCUAUCCCCACUUUUCAUAUGAUAACUAAUGCAAAUUAUUGUGAUUUAACCAUUGUAUUCACCAGCUUCUUUUCCUAGUAUUUUUUUUACAUUCUUCAUAUCUAUUUUUACUUUCUUUUAGUUUUUUCUGAUGAAAUCUUUUACUUCUUCUCUUUUUUCCCAAUCAAUGUUUUUGUAUUCCUUUAUCAUUUCAUAUUUUGCAAAUGUGCCCCUCUCCAUGCGCUAGUUAUUUGUUCUGUCUAUGCACCUACUAGCACUGUUCAGGUAAGGAAAAGGCCUAUCUAUUUCUUCCAGCAGUGUAGUUUAAAAAUGAAAAAAACGCCACAUACAGACUGCUUCGACUUCCUCCUCCACCUUUGUCUCCACGUCUUUUGUUUCUCACAAGUUAUUCUAUGUGGACAUAUGAUGGUUAGCUACAGACAGCAAAUGGAACAUAAAAAGGGAGGAGAAAAUGAGAUAUCAGUCUUCGAUCAUACUCAGGUAGGUGCUGUAGCAGACAGACCACUUUCUGGUAUAGGGCCAAACUUCCAACGCCAGGCAGAGGCAGCAGUCAGCUGAAAGACAGACCAAUUUUAGUCCUCUUAUGGGGUAUUAUACAUCUUCAUCCAGGCUGUCUUGUCGGUCAUACUGUCUUUACAUCUUUUUUUCUUGACCUUUCUGCUUUUCAUGCCAGGUUUGUGCUCUUCCUUCUCAGCCACCAAGAGACAUUUUCACUCUUUGUGCUCAGUCCAUUUUGUCCUUUCUGUAUUUUAUUGCAAUAUGCCUGCCACUCACUAUUCAUUGUUUAUCUUCCCAGUUAAGAAGCAUCUCACCUGUUUAUCUCAUAUUUUUAUCCCAAUCAUCAAUCAACUAGCAUACAUUAAUGUUGUUUCCACAUCCUAUCCGUUAUGCUUUCUCCAGUCUAAGUUGGAAAUGUCCCUCUAUAGUCAUAGUAUUCUCCCUUUCAAAAUAUCUCUAAAUCUGGGCAAGAAAAUAUGGAAAUCUUGGGAAAUACUAUUUUGGGGUGUAUUUUUGUUUUUUAUAUUAUUCAGUCAGUCCCAGAAGGGGGAUCAGUGUGAAUGGCCAUGAGCUGGUUAACCUGGUGCCCAAAAUCUGUAAUGGCUGGCGGAAAAAAAAUUUGUGUGGAACAAAUCCCCCUGCAAGAAGUGAUGGAUGGGUUUGGUUUAUAUGUGUAUGGACUCAACGAGAAUAAGGCCCUGCAGCUUACUUUCUUUUUUAAACAAAGCGAUACACAGGUGCCUUUGCUACUGUUGGUAAAAGCACAUCACAGUCUGAACAUUCACACUACCCUCAGUGGACCAUCUGCAAGUGUCUCUGAACUAUCUAUUUUAUCAAUCUACCUAUCUAGUUUGUUUUCCCUUUCUGCCCCUUCCCUCCUGGUUUUGUAGAACUCUCAGUAUAUCCAGCUGAACAAUGAAUAAUUCAAUCAUUUAAAGUUUAAUUUUCUGAUGUGUUCCCCUAUGGUUUAUUCUUGAUAAUAAAAAAGCACAAAUUAUGCCAUGUAUAUAACAAUACCAAUAAAAUACAAAAUAAAAUAGUAUUGUUUUUAAAAAUAAUCUCUUGAACUGGUGUUGUAAUUAGUAUGUAACCAUCACUUUUUUAUGUUCCUAACAAUGUUUUUUUAAGGUAUAUAGAACAUCGAGAAGCACUUGGUCAGACAAGAACACAACUAUCUUCUGGGACUUUUUAUCUUGGGAAAGCUAUACCAUAUUUAACCCUGCUCUUAUCCUUUUCUUUGUCUGCUACCUUUUACUUGAAGAACUUGGUUUCAACUGGAGAAGAAUUUGAAAGACCGCUGCCAGCUGUACCGCUCAAUUACAGUCUGCCAACUCACUUUAACAAUACAUAAAGCAGAAAGGUUGGUCUUGCACUAGAAUGCAAACUGCUACCAAAGAUAAGCUGAGAAUAUAACUGUCUGUUAAGGACACCAUCACUUUGUCACGUCAUUCCAAAGAAAAUAGUUUUAUGGGUUGUUUUUUUUUUUUGCUAUAUUAUUAAUUGAACAUGAAUAAAACUAAAUGACUAUCAUUGCAUCAUUUCAGAUGGACUUUGACUGGGCAGUUGUGACACCUUGAUGCUUUUCGUUGUCAGCUCUUCUGCUGUAAAUUUGCUGUUGUGCUUGGGAUUCUUGUCCUGUUGCAUGGCCCAGUUUCAGCCAAGGUUAACCUUUUUCUCCCAUAAAGAUCACAACUGACAUCGUCCCCUUGUACCCUUGAUUUCACAUUUUGACCUCUCAGUGUUUAUCAAUAAAGAUGUGGUUUGAUGACCAUUAGCAUACUUUCCAGGAUUUUCUAGGGGUAACUACACAGGCAAUGACCACCCACACUAACUUUUGAUGCACACCUAGUUAUUUUGUUAUGUAAGCAUGCCUGAAAUGUGGAUGAAACUGCUUGGUUCAGAAAAGAGCUUUGAGGGUUACUCCUAGUACCGUAGGCUUUCAAAGGAUAAAGGGCAUACUUUCAAUCAAAUUGUGUCAGAUUUUACUCCAGAGUUCAUGGUUGGCUCGGUGACUGCAAGGUAUCCAGAUCCUGUGGCUCUAAAAUACCCAAAUCAUCACCCCCUCCUCCACUGUGCUUGACAGGUGGUAUGAGGUGUUUGUGCUUGUAUCCAAUGUUUGUAUUUGCUCGGAUGUCUACUAAUGGGAAGAUUGGCAACUCACUUGAAAGUUUUCCAUUUGUGAAUAAUCUUUUUCAUUGUAGAAUGUACAGUUGUUUGAAAAUGGCCUUAUAACCUUUUCCAGAUCAAUGGGAAGGAACAAUUACUUCUUUAAUAUCACUGCUGAUGUCUUUUCCCAUUGGGUAUUGUGUCAACUCAACUAAAUGCUCAAGCAGGGGUGAUUUUAGGAUCGAACAUUUAUGGAAGCCAAGCCCCAAUUAUAAUAUCACACAUAUUCCCCUUGCAAUGGACUAUGAUGCUGGCAAAACAUAUUCAAUCAUUUUCACAUCUCAGUUUGUAUUGUCGUGUUAAAAAAAAAAAAAAAGAUUCUGAAUGAAUCAUCACAGUUUUUACUAUAAUACAGGGUGGAUACUUGAGUUAUCAAACUUGAGGCAAAGGAAUGUUGAUCAGGAUUUCUUUAAGUAAAGUUAAAGAACUAUUUUUAGCAAAUACGAGGAGAAACGUGCACGGUUUGUUUCAGAGUCUUUUCACCACGUAAAGGCACUAAGAAGGGCAACAAUUAAGGCAGUAUUUUUUUUUUGAAGUAACAGGUAAUUUUAAAUGCAAUGUUUCGAUCAGCUUGUACUGAGGUAUCACAGAGAUUAAUUGUGCAGCUAAACUACUGUACACUGACAGAAAUGGGGAAAAAACUUUAGACUGGUCCGGCCCACCUAAGAUCAAAGUGGCAUGUACGUUGGCUUCAAAAUGCAUUUCGCAUCCAUGGUAUAAAUGGUAUAUUGUUAGAGCAGGGGAUGGAAAUCAGCCAAGAUUGCUCCUGAAACUUCUGCUUACAUCUUGUUGAAUUCAGCUGUGUGACUCCACAAAGAGCAGUAAACCUCAGAGCAGAAGCAGGUCAGCUCAUCACACCCUGUACACCAAGAAAACAUACUAGAGCUUACAAUAGAAAUGAAUGUGAGUUGUGAUCGUUUUCACCUUGCUCAGCUACUAAAACAGAUCUUAGGAUUCUGCCACCUGCCAAAUGUCACUUUAACCCCUGAGUAUACACAUUUUUCUAUAGAGGUAAACUCACCCUCUAAACAUUUAUUUUCGUGUCUUUCAAAAAUCAUGAAAAAAAUUGUUUACAGACACAUGUAACCACAUAGAUGCUUUGGGGCAGAGCAACCCUGACCAGCACAUUCAAUUGUCAUUUAUUAGUGAGGCCGGUGGGUCACAUGACCCUUAUGCUUCCUGACAGUAAUGGAAGGAUGUUAUAUGCUCUAACCUAUUUUAAAAAUGUACAGGUAGAACCAUUUAAAAUUGUGUUGUGGUCCUAUAAAGACAAGUGAUUCAGAACCUUAUUAUACCUAAACCUUAUUUGUAUAGAACCUUAUAGUGAUGCAAGAUACAAUGACAACUUGUGGGAGUGAAGUCUAUUAUCUUGCAUUAUAGUUUGUUUUGAAGGGCACUUAUGAAGGAGGCCAAAUUUACUCAAAUUGGCUUUAAUUAGUGUGAGGUUACAAUCUUAAAAAUGACAAUGUUUUGAGUGUAAUUUAUUUGUCAUGGUGCCUGGUGAGCCAGGGUUUUGAGUUUUGCAAAUGUUUAGAAUAUAAUGUAAUAUAGUGAAACAAUGUGACAAUUCAGAUCAAUAGCAGGCAGCUGAAGUAGAAUCAUGUAAACAAGCUGAAAUCAGACCCCAUUUCCAGCAAUCUGGUUAUUGUGGUAGGAGUGAACUUUUCAUAAGUUCUGGGGCGAUCUGCUGCAUCUCCCCUGCUUCAUCGCUGCUCCCUGUAGUUGGCGUGCUCUGUCAGAAGUUGACUAAUUACUGACACAAUACCGCUUGACAGUAUAAAAUAACACGGCCAACUGAUUCAGCAUUGUGCCCUCAUUCAAUCCACUCGACGGUGAGUCAAGUUACUUUGUUUGUUUUCUUAUAAUUAAUAAUGCAGUCAGUGAGCUAAUGCUAGGCUAGUGAAGCUUAAAUUUCAUUACUGGUUUUGAU